AUGGGUCAAUUAAAUGUAGACGAAGAUACCGGUGAAGUUUCUACGGAAUUAGUUUUUUAUGUGAAUGGAAAAAAGGUAGUUGAACCGAAUCCAGAUCCAGAAUGGACGCUUCUAUGGUAUUUAAGAAAAAAGUUACGCCUGACUGGUACAAAAUUAGGCUGCGCAGAAGGUGGGUGCGGAGCUUGCACUGUCAUGAUCUCCAAGUAUCAAUGGAAGGAAAAGAAAGUUGUUCAUUUAGCAAUCAACGCGUGUUUAGCCCCUGUCUGCGCGAUGCAUGGUUUGGCAGUCACAACAGUUGAAGGUAUUGGCUCAACGAGAACAAAACUUCAUCCAGUUCAAGAGAGAAUUGCAAAAGCCCACGGUUCACAAUGUGGAUUUUGUACACCAGGAAUCGUCAUGUCAAUGUACACGCUACUUCGAACGCAUACCAAAAUAUCAUACUCCGAUAUGGAAGUCGCUUUUCAAGGCAACUUGUGUCGAUGUACGGGUUAUCGCGCUAUUAUUGAGGGUUAUAAAACCUUCUUAGAAGAUUGGGAAACAAAAAGAAUUAGCAAUGGAUCCAGUAACGGCAAAACAAACGGCGUCUGCGCUUUAGGAAAAGAUUGCUGUAAAAAUAAGACUGAUGAUAGCGAAACAGAACAUAUUUUUGAUAGAUCCUCAUUUCUACCAUAUGAUCAAAGUCAAGAGCCUAUUUUUCCACCAGAAUUAAAACUAUCUUCCCAAUAUGAUGAACAAUACUUGAUUUUCCGAGGUAGUAAAACAACUUGGUAUCGACCAACAACGGUUGAUACAGUGUUAACGUUAAAGGAAAAAUAUCCUGAUGCAAAAAUAGUUGUAGGUAAUACUGAAGUCGGUGUAGAGGUUAAGUUUAAACAUUGCGUGUAUCCUGUAAUUAUAAUGCCAACAUCAAUUCCUGAAUUAAAUUCCGUUAAAGAGUUUGAUAAUGGCGUAGUAGUUGGAGCGUCCGUCACUCUAAUGGACUUGGAGCAAUCUCUUAGGAAAUAUAUCGAAGUUUUGCCAAGUUAUAAAACAAGGACAUUUAUCACGAUCAUUGAUAUGUUAAAUUGGUUUGCUGGGAAACAAAUACGAAAUGUUGCUUCGAUAGGAGGAAAUAUAAUGACUGGUAGCCCUAUAUCGGACUUAAAUCCUAUAUUGAUGGCAUUGAAAGUCAAGCUUAAUUUAUUAAGUUCAAAAGGAGGACAGCGGUCAGUUUUGAUGGAUGAGAAUUUCUUCACAAGUUAUAGACGAAACGUAGUCAAGCCCGACGAGAUAUUGCUAUCAAUCGAAAUUCCUUUCUCAUCUCGCUUUCAAUAUGUAAAAGCUUAUAAGCAAGCAAAGCGUCGUGAGGAUGAUAUCUCUAUUGUAACCGCUGCCGUAAAUGUAAUAUUUGAAGACUUUACCGACAAAAUUCGAAGCAUAAACAUAGGAUUUGGUGGAAUGGCUCCAGUUACAAAACUUGCAACAAAAACGGGCCAGGCCCUUGAAGGCCUAAAAUGGAAUGAAGAGAUGCUAGAUAAGGCUUACAAGGAAAUGUUAGAAGAAUUGCCGUUAAAUCCAUCGGUUCCAGGCGGCAACGUCAUGUUUAGGCGAGCAUUAACAUUAAGUCUGUUCCUAAAAGCCUAUCUUGCUAUCAGUAAAGAAAUGUCUAGCGAUUACGUUCAUGAAGAUCUUAUUGUCCCAUACCAUAGUAGUGGUGCGGAGCAAUUUCAUGGGUCAUUACCCAGAAGUGCUCAAUAUUUUGAAUUAGUUGGCGAUAAACAAUUGAAGAGCGAUGCAGUUGGAAGACCGAUACAACAUACAUCAGCGUUUAAACAAACUACUGGAGAAGCUAUUUAUUGUGACGAUAUGCCGAUGAUCGAAGAUGAAUUAUACUUGGCAUUUGUACUAAGCACUAAAGCUCAUGCUAAACUCAUAUCGGUGGACGCUCAAGAAGCUUUAAAGCAACCAGGAGUAAUAGCUUUCUUUUCGGCUAAGGAUUUAACACCGGAACAAAACGCUAUUGGAGCGAUAUUUCACGACGAGGAAUUAUUCAUAAGUGAGAAAGUCACUAGUCAAGGACAAACAAUUGGUGUUAUUGUGGCACAAGAUCAACAAACCGCACAAUCCGCAGCGCGAAUGGUUAAAAUUGAAUAUGAAGAAAUUCAUCCUAUUAUUGUUACCAUUGAGGAUGCCAUUAAAGAAAAUAGUUUUUAUAAGCAAUAUCCCAAAGGGAUUAAGAAUGGUAAUGUGUUGGCGACAUUUGAAGAUCCAAAUAACAUUGUAAUUGAAGGUGAAGGGCGAAUGGGCGGACAAGAACAUUUUUACUUAGAAACAAAUGCAGCAUUUGCCAUUCCAAAGAAAGAAGACGAUGAACUUGAGAUAUUUUGCUCCAGCCAGCAUCCCACAGAAAUUUCGAAACUAGCAAGCCACGUACUUCAUGUGCCCAUGAAUCGAAUAGUAGCAAAAGUGAAACGCAUGGGAGGUGGCUUCGGUGGUAAAGAAGCGAGAGGGAUGCUAAUUGCACUACCUGUUGCUUUUGCGGCUCAUAAACUACAAAAACCGGUGCGAUGUAUGUUAGACCGUGAUGAGGAUAUGCUAAUGACAGGCACGAGACAUCCCUUCCUUAUUAAAUACAAGGUCGCUGUUACAAAGGAAGGUAAAAUUAUGGGAGCUAAAGUAGACAUUUACAACAAUGGAGGCUAUUCCCUAGAUUUAUCUGGCCCUGUUCUAGAUAGAGCUCUUUUUCACUAUGAAAAUGCGUAUUAUAUACCCAACUGUGAAGUAAAUGGAUAUGUUUGUAAAACUAAUUUGCCAUCCAACACCGCCUUCCGAGGAUUUGGUGGACCACAGGGAAUGUUUGGCGCAGAAUGUAUGAUAUCUGAUAUAGCAUACAGACUUGGAAGAAACCCAGAUGACAUAAGAAGAGUAAAUCUUUAUCAAGAAAAUCAUAUUACGCAUUAUCAACAAACGCUUACUUACUGUACUCUGCAAAGAUGUUGGGACGAAUGCGUGGAAAAAAGCAACAUAGCUGAAAGAAAAACUGCUAUAGAAAACUUCAAUAAGCAAAACAGAUGGCGCAAGCGUGGUAUUGCGAUUGUUCCUACAAAGUUUGGAAUUGCGUUUACAGAGAAAUUCUUAAAUCAAGCCGGUGCGUUAGUGAUCAUAUACAUGGACGGGUCUGUGCUUCUAUCCCACGGAGGUACGGAGAUGGGGCAAGGGCUUCAUACUAAAAUGAUUCAAGUGGCAUCACGAGCUUUGGGAGUAGACAUGUCCAAAAUAUACAUAAGUGACACAUCAACGGAUAAAGUUCCUAAUACUUCCGCAACCGCCGCAAGUGCUGGCUCCGACUUAAACGGAAUGGCGGUUCUUCAGGCAUGUGAGACCCUCGUGAAAAGAUUGGAACCUUACAAAGAGAAGAAUCCACAAGGAACGUGGGAAAAUUGGGUGUCAGCAGCCUAUUUUGAUAGAGUCAGUUUAUCCGCUACAGGGUUCUACGCCACACCUGAGCUUGGAUAUAAUUUCGCGAAAAAUGAGGGCAAAGCCUUUAAUUAUUUCACUUUUGGCGCUGCCUGCAGCGAGGUAGAGAUUGACUGUCUCAGUGGUGAUCACCAAGUGUUAAGGACAGAUAUCGUCAUGGAUUUAGGAGAAAGUAUCAAUCCAGCCAUUGAUAUAGGACAAAUCGAAGGUGGUUUUAUGCAAGGUUAUGGUCUAUUUACGAUAGAGGAGCUUAUAUAUUCUCCAACGGGAACUCUAUAUUCACGUGGGCCUGGCGCUUACAAAAUUCCUGGCUUUGGAGAUAUACCGCAGGAAUUUAACGUGUCGUUACUAAAAGGAGCUCCAAACCUACGAGCCGUUUAUUCGUCAAAGGCGGUAGGCGAGCCACCACUCUUUUUGGCAAGUUCAAUUUUCUUUGCGAUAAAACAAGCCAUCAGAGCUGCUAGAGCUGAUGCUGGAGUGCCACUCGAUUUUUAUUUGGAGGCACCAGCCACCUCCGCUCGGAUACGAAUGGCGUGCGAAGAUCAUAUCACCAAAAAGAUACCAAAGCCGGAACCAGGUUCGUUUGUACCAUGGAAUGUCGUACCUUAG